AUGAUUGCACUCAAGUCUUUAGGAUCAGACAGAUCAAAUGUCAUUUACAUUCUUACUAACAAUGUCAGGGAACAUCAAAAACUUCUUCCCCCAGUCUGCCCUCACUGUGAAGUUGAUAGUUGCACUGUUUGUAUAGUUGACCACCCACUGAAGCCAAGGCAUGUGAAACUGCUGUCCACUAAAAUGGGCCUGAAGGUCACAUGGGACCCACCCAAAGAUGCUGCCAGUAGACCCGUGGAGCAUUACAACAUUGCCUAUGGGAAGGCACUGAAAAGUCUUAAGUACAUCAAGGUGAAUGCGGAGACAAACUCCUUCCUUAUUGAGGAUGUGGAGCCGGGGGUGGUGUACUUUGUGCUGGUUACCGCAGAGAACCACAGCGGAGUGAGCCGCCCGGUUUACAGAGCUGAGAGCCCACCCGGAGGUGAAUGGAUCAAGAGUGAUGGUUCUCCCAUUAAGGGUCCGGGACCGUUUAAUGAGACCACCACAGAAAAGGAAGUGCCCAACAAGCCUGUGCGCAUGCGUGUCCGAGCCUCCGAUGACAGGCUCUCCGUUGCAUGGAAGGCGCCGCGCCUGUCUGGAGCCAAGAGUCCACGCCGAUCUCGGGGUUUUCUUCUGGGCUAUGGGGAAAGUGGCCGGAAGAUGAAUUAUGUCCCGCUGACCAGAGAUGAGAGAUCACAUGAAAUUAAAAAGCUCGCCUCUGAGUCGGUGUAUGUGGUCUCCCUGCAGUCCACCAACUCCCAGGGGCCGAGUCAGCCUGUCUAUAGGGCUGCCCUCACAAAGCGCAAGAAUUCAGAAGACAGUGAGCUGGAUGUACCUGAAGACAUCAGUGUCCGGGUCAUGUCAUCUCAGUCUGUACUUGUGGCCUGGGUGGAUCCUCUUGUGGAAAAACAGAAGAGAGUUGUCGCAUCAAGACAGUACACCGUGCGCUACCGUGAGAAGGGAGAGUCAGCCAGGUGGGAUUACAAGCAAGUCUCUAACAGGCGCGUCCUGGUGGACAACCUGAUCCCUGACACAGUGUACGAGUUCGCAGUUCGGAUUUCACAAGGUGAACGGGACGGCAAGUGGAGCGCAUCCAUCUUCCAGAGAACGCCAGAAUCCGCUCCCACCACAGCACCCGAGAACCUGAAUGUCUGGCCGGUCAGUGGCAAGCCCACAGUUGUCACGGUAUCCUGGGAUGCACUGCCAGAGACGGAGGGGAAAGUGAAAGAAUACAUUCUUUCAUAUGCCCCGGCUCUCAAACCAUUUGGAGCAAAGUCCCUCACCUUCUCUGGACACACUACUUCUGCCCUGGUGGACGGUCUGCAGCCUGGGGAACGCUAUCUGUUCAAAAUCCGGGCCACAAACAGGAGAGGCCAGGGGCCACACUCCAAGGCCUUCAUUGUCACUAUACCAACAACCAGUUCCACGGAGGCCAGCCCACACCAGGAUGGGAGGAACAAACCUCAGCCUUCUUCCCCUGCUCCCAAAGCUGCAGCUUCUUCAGAACACACUCCCCCAGCUAAAAAUGUCAAGGAUGUUCUCCCUGACUUAAAGAACAAAAUCCUGGCUAACGGUGGGCUGCCCAGGAAAACCCAGCUUCGCUCUAAACCGGGAGAGCAGGAUCCCCAGGCCACAGAAGUCACUGGUGAGGAGGAACUGGAUUCCCUUGAAGAUCCUCGUCCAUCACGGUUGGAGACCCUAGACCAGAGGCGACCCCUGAGGGUACCAAGUAGAUCUGGUCCUUGGGUUCCAGCUCCUGGCAGGACUCCAUCAAGGGCUGGCCCGCCAGUGCCUCCCCGCAAGGAAGGGAUGGACAGGCGUGGCCCUUCACUGGUUCCCCACCCUCGUCCAGGGGUUGAACCUUCAGUGACAGCCUCUUCUGCCUACUCCCGGCUCAGCUCUACAGACAAUGAUUCUGUGAACCAAAAUGAGGAUGAUCAAGAUGUCUCCCCUGACCCUAAAGCUGCUUCUUCCCAGUCACCUAAGGAUCCAGUCAGGUCCCAGCCAACCUCGACGCCUAGCCGCCAUGUGGCUUCUCAUAUGCUCAGGGACAAAAGUCGGGUGCUCCCAGGGGCAAAAGCAGAGUCCUCUGCAUCGACACAUUCUCAUUCUUCCACCAGUGAGGAAGAUUCCAGGGCUGCAGCCCAACCCUCGGGACUUUUCCCACUGCACAGAGGGUCCACCAGACCACACUCCAGAUCCCAGCUUUCCAGGGGCUGGAAGGACCGCCAGGAUGCCCCUGCCUCCAGUUCCCACACACCUUCCUGGACUGCCGUAUCACCCUCCGGCUCUUCUCACCCCUUGGCCUUGACAGAAGGCUCCGAGGAAGAGGAAACUUCUGAUGGCGGAGGAGCCGGUGACAGACGCGCUGGGGACACCAGAAGGCAGGCUGAGGCCACUGCACAGACCCAACAGACCCGGCCUGCUUUGGCGCACUUCAGUUUGACACGGAGUAAACCCUUCACUGCCCACGGCAGAAAUCCGAACAGAUUCUCCAGAUUCCGGGGACUGAGGCUGCAGCCCUCUGGGUCCCCUCAGUCUACCUCAGCUCCGAAAGUCCUCACCAGGGCUCCUUCACAGCCUGCAUCCCACACCAGGCCUGGCUCUGAUGUCUAUGGAGAUGGCGAGGAUGAAGAGCCGCUUUCAGCCACUGUGGUCAACGAUCGUACACCUUCCUCCUCCUCCAGGCACCCAGCCUCUGGGGGAUGGGACACCCUAAGAAGAGGUCCCCAGAGAGGGGCCAGCUUGUACAGGAAGGACCCCACCCCAGAAAACCCCAAAGCUGCUGGAGCAGGUGUACAUCCUGAGGGCAAAUCCCCUCUGUCCUCCAAGGUACAAGACUUUCAACAGAGCACCAACGAGGAUGCUCACCAAAUAUCCCCAGGGCCUACCAGCCGCCAGUUGUCCCCUGAUCGGCUUCCAGCAUCAAGAUCACAGGCCUUCCCCGGGUCCACUGUUCCCCGAAGAAUGGCCCCUGGCCGCAGCUCAGAGGUUUCCAGUUCUCAGAGCAAGGAUGAGGACAGAUCACUUUUCCAGCCCAAGCUGUUGCGUGACCGCCUACGCACAGUGAACUCCCGUCGGAUGCUCCCCGCGGCUCCCCAGAGUCGGGAUGAGGAUUCCCAGAGCAGCUUUGAGGAUAACAGCACAGAAGUGGAGGCCUCAGAUCCCCGGGCUCCCACUCACUCGGCUCGUGCCAAGGAUGCCAACCCAUCCACUCUCAGACAUCGGCAGGGGGCCUCCCAGCCGGGGAAAGGUGACAGCAGCCAUGCAGGAGCCUCUGUGAGGCCCAAUCGGCCUGGCAGCUCCCAUCCCCGGACCCAGGUUUCCAGCAGGGCUGGGGGCCAGGUCACACCAGUGAAGAAGAUCUCACCUUCCAAGGGUCCCCUGCCACCCGAAUCUCAGCAGUCAGUCUUCGCUGAGGAGGAGGAGGAGGAAGAGGAAAACGAAGGAGUUUUAAAAGGCAAGGAAGACUCUCUGUCUACCUCAGUUUCAAAGUGGCCUGCUUCCUCCUCUCGCAGGGGCGACAAGUAUGGGGACAGAAACUUUGACAAGGACAGGGCUGCCAUUGCGUUGGCUCCCCAGGAAGGGAGCCUUGUGCAGGAAGAGAACACCAUCCCUGGAAGGCGACCACCAGGUAGUCCUUCAAUAGCCUCACACCCAUCUCCUCGGUACCAGCCUCGAAACCCUGCUACGGCAAGCCCCACCUCCAGCACCCACUCCUGGCCAAGGUAUACCACCCGCGCCCCUCCCAGCUACGCCUCCACAACCCCCAUGCUCUCCUUGCGCCAGCGGAUGCAGCGGAGAUUCCGGACCCCAGUCUCGCGCCAGCCCCCGAGACCCGUGCUUACACAAGGUUAUAAUGGAAGACCAAAAGUAGAAGAGAACAUACCUCCUGGUAGUAUUGGAAAACCGAAUGGACAAAGAAUUAUCAAUGGUCCUCAAGGAACAAAGUGGGUUGUGGACCUGGAUCGUGGAUUGGUCUUCAAUGCUGAAGGGAGAUACCUCCAAGACUCACAUGGCAAUCCUCUCCGGGUGAGACUCGGGGGAGAUGGUCGCACCAUCGUGGAUCUGGGAGGAACUCCCAUGGUGAGUCCCGAUGGCCUCCCCCUCUUUGGGCAGGGGAGACAUGGCAAACCUCUGGCCAGUGCCCAGGAUAAACCCAUCUUGAGUCUCGGAGGGAAGCCCUUGGUGGGUUUGGAGGUCAUCAAAACAACUACUCAUCCUCCCACCACAACCAUACCACCAACCACGACGAUGACCACCACGGUGCCUACCACCACAACGCUUCAACCCACCACCACCCGCCGGAUCACCACCACCACCCGCCGGACCACCACCACCACCACCACCCGCCGCACAACCACCACCAGGCGUCCCACAACUACAGUCCGAGCUACCCGGAGGACAACUACCACUACCACCACUCCAGAACCUACCACCCCUUCUCCUACCUGUCCCCCUGGGACCCUGGAACAACAGGACGAAGCUGGCAACCUUAUAAUGGGCUCAAAUGGGGUCCCGGAGUGCUACCCCGAGGAAGAUGACUUCUCGGGCCUGGAGACUGACACGGCACCACCCACGGAAGAGGACUAUGUUGUGUAUGAUGACGAUUAUGGACUUGAGACCACAAGGCCACUGACCACCAUCAUGCCCUCGACCACCGCUGCCACACUGAAGGUCAUCCCAGAGCAAGGCACCGUCAGCUCCUUCCCAGAGGAAGAAUUCGAUCUGGCUGGAAAGAAACGAUUUGUCGCUCCUUACGUGACAUACCUCAGUAAAGACCCGUCAGCCCCAUGCUCCCUGACUGAUGCUCUGGAUCACUUCCAAGUGGACAGCCUGGAUGAACUCAUUCCAAACGACCUGACGAAGAACGACCUGCCUCCUCAGCAUGCUCCCCGCAACAUCACCGUGGUCGCCAUGGAAGGCUGCCACUCAUUUGUCAUUGUGGACUGGAACAAAGCCAUCCCCGGAGAUGUGGUAACAGGAUACUUGGUCUACAGUGCCUCUUACGAGGACUUCAUCAGGAACAAAUGGUCAACUCAGACGUCGUCGGUGACCCAUCUGCCCAUUGAGAAUCUAAAGCCGAACACAAGGUAUUACUUCAAAGUUCAAGCCAAGAACCCUCAUGGCUAUGGGCCUGUCAGCCCUUCGGUCUCAUUUGUUACAGAAUCAGACAAUCCUCUGCUUGUUGUGAGGCCACCAGGUGGUGAGCCCAUCUGGAUCCCAUUUGCUUUCAAGCAUGACCCUGGCUACACUGACUGCCACGGUCGGCAGUAUGUGAAGCGGACGUGGUACAAAAAGUUUGUGGGAGUCGUUCUUUGUAACUCACUGAGGUACAAGAUCUAUCUCAGUGACAACCUCAAAGACACGUUCUACAGCAUUGGAGACAGCUGGGGAAGAGGUGAAGAUCAUUGUCAGUUUGUGGAUUCACACUUGGAUGGAAGAACAGGGCCUCAGUCUUAUGUGGAAGCCCUCCCCACCAUUCAAGGCUACCAUCGCCAGUACCGCCAGGAGCCGGUCAGCUUUGGCAACAUCGGUUUUGGAACCCCCUACUACUAUGUGGGCUGGUACGAGUGUGGAGUCUCCAUCCCAGGAAAGUGGUGACCAAGGAUCAGCUUCCUGCAAGUCCACCCUCCCGGCCUGCUUGACUAACUUGCACUAGGGACUGUGGGCAAGAUAAAGACAGUGCUCCAAGCCCGCCUCCCCAGGGUAUCAGGAGGCCACAGGGUGGACACAGGGCGUUUGGUCCUCUUCAGUUGGGAUUUGGCCACAUUUCUCGGUCUGGACUAUAAAUAGAAUCCAGUUUUGUUGAAACUUCACUUCUCCAUGCUUUGUUUAUUCAUAAUCACACAUUCCAGAGAUGUCAACUUAGCAGCAGUGUGACCUCCAGACCCUUCCGGCACAAAAUUUGGACAGUCUGGGAUCUCCAGGGAACAGCACUGUCAUGCUGUGUUAGCUUUACAGAAUGCUUUCUGCUUUUCCCAUCUUUGAAUCAGCUGAGUUUAAGCUUCACACCUGUUUGUAUGAAGUAGAAUUGAAUUGCUGAAAUUACCAAAGGAAAUACACUCUCUUUGGAAUUUAUACUAAAGACUUAUCCACCACUGGGCUAA